AAAAAAACUAAAGUGGUCAUCUACUUCGCUAAGAACUCUUCCUUAUUUCCUUCUUUAUUAAAAGAAAGAAAGAGAAAUACCCGCUAUCCGGCCCUGAAACUCUUAUCCUUUAGGGAAAAAGAUGCCAUCUCCGAUCCAAGACCCUUUCAAGGACUGGAAAUUCCUGGUUUUGCCACCACUAAAAGUCAGUGAUGUCUUCUCUUUAUUCCUAAAAGCAACUAUAGCUAUUUGUACCGUCGUUUCAAUCUCCCUCGUCUUCUACUCCUUCCUUAAUCCAUCUCAACGGCUACCUUGCCCAGAAUGCAAUAAGAUAUUAAACUCUGAUCACCGGGAGAUAACAAACGGUGAGGUUUCUGGUUAUAGCUAUGAGAAGACAAAUAUUUCCCACAUUUUAUUCGGCAUUGGUGGCUCUGCAAAGACGUGGAAUAAGCGCAGACACUACACUGAGGUAUGGUGGAUGCCUAACAUCACCCGUGGCUAUGUUUGGCUCGACCAGAAGCCUCCGGGGAAUGACACGUGGCCGUUAACCUCACCAUCGUACAAAGUCUCUGCCGAUACGUCGCGGUUCAAGUACACCUCCUCGUAUGGCUCUCGGUCAGCGCUACGAAUUGCUAGGAUAGUCAAGGAGAGCUUUGAUUUAGGACUGGAAAAUGUGAGAUGGCUGGUCAUGGGAGAUGAUGAUACGGUAUUUUUCAUAGAGAAUUUGGUAUUGGUAUUAGCAAAGUACGAUCAUAAUCAGAUGUAUUACAUUGGCGGCAAUUCAGAGAGUGUUGAGCAAGAUGAGAUACAUUCAUAUGCCAUGGCCUACGGUGGCGGCGGCUUUGCUAUUAGUUAUCCUCUAGCGAAAGAGCUCGUUAGGAUUUUGGAUGGCUGCCUUGAUCGUUAUGCAUCGUUUUACGGUUCCGAUCAGAAAGUUCAGGGUUGCAUAAGUGAGAUUGGGGUUCCUCUCACUAAAGAGCUUGGAUUCCAUCAGGUUGAUAUAAGAGGAGAUCCUUAUGGUUUACUAGCAGCGCACCCAUUGGCGCCAUUGGUGUCCUUGCACCAUCUAGACUACGUCCAGUCAAUAUUUCCAGGGCUGAGCCGCUUUGACUCUGUCAACAAGUUAAUUACUGCUUAUAAAACGGAUCCGGGUCGGACUUUACAAUAUAGUUUCUGCUACGAUUUGACGCGUAAUUGGUCUGUUUCAGCAUCUUGGGGUUACACCGUACAGUUGUAUCCCGCUCUACUGACGGCAAUGCAGCUACAAACAGUGUUUAGAACGUUUCAAACAUGGAGGAGAUGGAGCGAAGGGCCGUUCACAUUUAACACCCGACCCAUGAAUGUUGACCCGUGUCUGAGACCGGUUGUUUAUUUCUUGGAUCGUGUUGAAAGAGUUGGGGAUGGUACCUUGACAACGUAUAAAAGGUCCGAGGAUGAGUUGGAUAAAGUUUGCGAUCGGCCUGAUUAUGCUCCCGUUUAUGCCGUCCAGUUAGUCAAUGUCAUAACAUCCACAUCAUUGAAGCCUGACAUUUGGAAUAUGGCACCACGUAGACAGUGCUGUGAGGUAAUCAAUGGAGAAAACAGGGUGAGCAGCAUGGUGCAAGUCAACAUCAGAGGGUGCCAUGAGAUGGAGAGCGUCACUCCAUAAAACCCAUCACUGAUCAUAUAGGAGAGAAACACAGAAUAGUUUACCACUAGCCUGUAAGUCCGCAUUUCGUAACAGGUGAAUA